AUGUUUAUUUGUCAACGUGUUCGUUUCGUGGGUUGGUUCUUGUUUGUGUUUGCUGAUAUAAAAGGGGAUUUGGUUUUCAAGGACAGCGAGUACAGAUAUGGAAAUUUGCAUGCUUUUGAUACAAGGCAAGGAUUCAAUGUCUACGACUCGCCUGAACAUUUCCGAGACGGCCAGACAAUACUCGGAUAUGCAAAGAUCGUCCGAGACAAUAUGGGCUGUUGCGGACCAGAGACUGACCAGUCGGUUGUCGAGGAACGAACGCGCAGACAGUCGGAAGUCCGAAAGUCAUACGGGCGCAAAAAAGUCACUCGAGGAUGCUUACUUGCGGACCGAGCCUUCUCGCUGUAA